ACUCCAACUCAAGAGUUUCAUCAUUUGAGCUCCGGUCAUUUUAAUGAAGGUUUUCUUCUUCAAAAGUUUGUUUGGAAGUUCAGCGAUUUGGUGUAUCAUAUUUAGCAGUGUUUUACGGAGAACAUCAUCCAGCAUGUCCUGCCCAGAGAAUUACGUGAUUUGGAAAUCAGGUCACGUAAAGGCGUACCUUCAUCCUUCUCCAUGGACUCCAGGGGCCACAGUCGUGACCCACAAUCCCCCUGAAACCCCAAACAACCUUUUCCGCUUAUCCGAAUCCUCCUUCCUGAGCCUUCUCUUGGGAGCACGGGCAGUCGGAGAUCUCCUCUGCAAGCGUCUCUGCGUCCAGCGCUGCGCUCUCGUCUACAAACCCGAUUGUGAUCACAGCACACCUGCAAAUCUGCUGCUUCUUCCUCUUCAUGGCUUGGAGGACAAGUGGAGGCCGCAUCUGGCUCCUGAGGAAGACUUUCAGCCUUAUGAUCCCGGCUAUAUAACUUCCAAAAGCGGUCCACGAUGGACUGAUCUUAACCUGGAAGCUGUUAAAGGUAGAAUUCGGGUCAGACUGCCUUCUCCAGACGCCCCUCUUAACUACACGUUCCUUGGAGAACCGUCACACCCAGGGUUGUUUUCUCGUAUCGUACGAGGAGAGGAGAAGCAGUGGAGGGUUUGGGAGGAUGAAGGCCAUGUUGCCUUUCUCACACCAUUCCCCAACACUCCAGGUCUCACGGUGGUGAUUCCACGCAAACCGCUCACCAGUGACAUCCUCCGACUAGAGGAUGGGGAUUACACAGAGCUGGUGCUGGCAACCCGGAAGGUCGCGAGGUUCCUAGAAGAAGCACUGGGAGCAUGGGGAGUGGGGGUCAUAUUUGAGGGGUUUGAAAUUGACUAUGCUCAUGCUAAACUGAUUCCUUUGGUUUCACCACCAGGCAAUGUGACGCAGAGUGAUGUGUGCUCAGUACCAGAGUUUUAUGAUGUGUAUCCCGGGUUUGUGAGCUCAGCUAACGGGCCGCCAGCUAGUUCUGCACAUUUAAGUCAGAUCCAUGACAAAAUCACCAAAACGUCCUAAGAUUCAUAUUUACAUGUCCUGUCCACUCUUGGCAGUGAAGUGUAUGCACUUUGAGCGAAUUUUUUUUUUUUUCUUCUGAUCCCUGGACAGAGAGACCAAUUUUUUAACACCUGGACACCUUUUAUAUCGGGCAUAAACAGUAAUUAGCCAUGUUUGAAAUAAAAUCCCCAAAUAUUUUCA